AUGAUGGCAGAACAUCCACCGUUACUGGAUACCACUUCGAUUAUAAGUAGUGAAAUCCCUCUUCUAACUUCCCCUAUUGUUAGUGGGGAUGGAGCACAACAGGUUAUUAUUGUGCAAGUUAAUCCAGGGGAAGCAUUUACAAUAAGAAGAGAAGAUGGACAGUUUCAGUGCUUUACAGGUCCUGCUCAGGUUCCAAUGAUGUCCCCAAAUGGUUCAGUGCCUACUAUUUAUGUGCCUCCUGGAUAUGCCCCACAGGUUAUUGAGGAUAACGGUGUUCGAAGGGUUAUGGUGGUUCCCCAGGCUCCAGAAUUUCAUCCUGGUGGUCAUACAGUGAUACACAGGCCUCCACAUCCCCCACUGCCUGGCUUCCUUCCUCUUCCAGCCAUGAUACCCCCUCCACCACGUCAUAUAUACUCACCCGUGACCGGAGCUGGUGACAUGGCAACGCAGUACAUUCCACAGUAUCACACCUCACAAGUAUAUGGAGAUCUGGAUACUCUGCCUGCUCAUGGAAGAUCCAACUUUAGAGACGAAAGGUCUAGUAAAACAUAUGAAAGGUUACAAAAAAAAUUAAAAGAUCGACAUGGAACUCAGAAGGAUAAGUUAAACAGUCCUCCAUCGUCUCCUCAGAAAUGUCCUUCUCCAACAAGUGAACAUAAUGGACUUACAAAAGGACAGGAUGCAGCUGGUAUAAGCACAGCUUCUACCAAAAGCAAGUCUUUGGGUAAAGGAAAAAGCAAUUCUCAGACAGACACAUAUAUAUAUAUAUAUGCAAAAAAGGAUGAAGAAACAAAAGCACUUGAAGCACUUCUUUCUAAUAUAGCCAAGCCAGUGGUAUCAGACAUUCAGGCAAGAACAGCACUGCUUAUGUGGUCCCCUCCAUCCAGUGAUACCAGAGAAGACGCUGACAAGAAUGACAUACCAGAUGCUUAUACUUAUGAAGUAAUGAUUUCAAAUACCGGAAAAGAUGGAAAGUACAAAACUGUAUACAUUGGAGAAGAAAAUAAAGUUACUGUAAAUGAUCUCAGGCCAGCAACUGAUUACCAUGCAAAAGUCCAAGUAGAAUGCAACUGUGUAAAGGGGAGCCCUUCAGAAGCAGAGAGUUUUACCACAACGAGUUGUGAACCUGAUACUCCAAAUCUGCCCAAGAUAACUAAUCGGACCAAAAAUUCUCUUACUCUGCAGUGGAAGGCAUCUUGUGAUAAUGGUUCUAAAAUCCACAGUUACCUUUUAGAAUGGGAUGAAGGAAAAGGAAAUGGAGAGUUCUGCCAGUGUUAUUAUGGCCAACAGAAGCAGUAUAGGAUUACUAAACUAUCACCAGCAAUGGGGUACACCUUUAGGCUAGCAGCCAAAAAUGACAUGGGAAUGAGUGGUUUUAGUGAAGAAGUCCUGUAUCAUACCUCAGGCACUGCCCCAACCACACCAGCAAGUCCUUUGCUGAUUAAUGCUGGAGUUACUUGGUUAUCCCUUCAGUGGACAAAACCCUCAGGAACACCAUCAGAUGAAGGAAUCUCGUAUAUAUUAGAGAUGGAGGAUGAGAACUCAGGAUAUGGUUUCAAGCCAAAAUAUGAUGGUGACGAUCUUACCUACACGGUGAAGAAUUUGAGGCGUAGUACAAAAUAUAAAUUUAGGGUCAUUGCCUAUAACUCAGAAGGGAAAAGCAGUCCAAGUGAGACAGUAGAAUACAUUACUUGUCCAGACAAGCCUGGAGUACCUUCAAAACCCACAGUGAAAGGAAAAAUUCAUGCACAGAGUUUUAAAAUAAUCUGGGAUCCACCAAAAGACAAUGGAGGAGCAGCAAUAAAUACGUAUGUUGUGGAAAUGUCUGAAGGCUUAAAUGGAAACAAAUGGGACACGAUAUACAGCGGAGCUGCUAGGGAACAUGUGUGUGACCGACUAAAUCCUGGCUGUUCCUAUCGCUUACGUGUAUAUUGCGUUGGGGAAGGAGGACAAAGCAUGGCAUCUGAUGCUUUACUGGUGCAGACACCAGCAGUGGUUCCUGGUCCAUGCCAGCCUCCAAGGCUACAGGGUAGACCGAGAGCAAGAGAAAUUCAGCUGCGCUGGGGACCACCUCAGGUAGACGGUGGUUCACCCAUUACCUGUUAUGGUCUGGAAAUGUUUCAGACAGAAACUGAUGAACACAGAGAGGUUUACCAAGGCUCUGAUGUUGAAUGCACAGUAGGCAGCCUUCUUCCAGGGAGGAUGUACAACUUCAGACUGCGAGCAGCUAACAAGGCUGGGUUUGGACCUUACUCGGAAAAAUGUGAAAUAACUACAGCACCUGGACCACCAGAUCAGUGCAAGCCCCCUCAAGUGGCAUGCAGAUCCGCUGCGUGUGCUCAGGUGUCGUGGGAGGUUCCAGUGAGUAACGGAGCUGACAUCACGGAGUAUCGACUGGAGUGGGGCGGUGUGGAAGGAUGCAUGCAGAUCUCCUAUUGUGGGCCUGGGCUCAACUGUGAAAUGAAAGGGCUUUUGCCUGCCACUAUAUACUAUUGCAGGGUUCAGGCAGUGAACGUUGCAGGUGCAGGCCCUUUCAGUGAAGUAGUGGCAUGUAUGACUCCAGCCUCUGUACCUGCAGUUGUGACUUGUCUUCGGGGACUAAGUGAAGAUGAAGUUGAAAAUCCACACUAUUCUCCUUCCACAUGCCUUGCUAUUAGCUGGGAAAAACCUUGCGACCAUGGAUCUGAAAUCCUUGGCUACAGCAUAGACUUUGGAGAUAAGCAGCCAAUAACCGUUGGGAAGGUUCUGACCUAUUUUAUAGAUGGCUUACAGCCAGAUACUACCUACAGAGUACGAAUUCAAGCCCUAAACAGUCUCGGAGCGGGUCCUUUCAGCCACACCAUAAAACUGAAAACAAAGCCUCUCCCCCCGGAUCCCCCUCGCCUGGAAUGUGCUGCGUACAGUUCUCAGACUCUCAAGCUGAAGUGGGGAGAGGGAACUGCAAAAGCAUUAACUGACUCCAUUCAGUACCACCUUCAAAUGGAGGAUAAGAGCGGAAGGUUUGUAUCCUUAUACAGAGGACCAUGUCAUACAUACAAAGUACAGAGACUCAGUGAGUCAACAUCAUACAAAUUUUGUAUUCAGGCAUGUAACGAAGCUGGCGAAGGUCCCCUUUCUCAAGAAUAUGUUUUCACUACGCCCAAAUCUGUUCCAGCUGCCUUGAAAGCACCGAGGAUAGAGAGAAUCAACGAUCACACCUGUGAGAUCGCGUGGGAGGUCCUGCCGCCCAUGAAGGGCGAUCCCGUUAUCUACUGUCUUCAGGUCAUGGUGGGAAAAGACUCGGAAUUCAAACAGAUUUAUAAGGGUCCGGACUGGUCAUUCCGAUACACAGGCCUCCAGCUGAACUGUGAGUACCGUUUCCGCGCGUGUGCCAUUCGCCAGUGCCAAGAGACAGCAGGUCACCAGGACCUGAUCGGCCCCUACAGCGCCCCAGUGCUAUUCAUCUCUCAGAGGACUGAACCGCCGGCCGGCGCCGCCAAGGACACUGUGCAAACCGCAAGGACACAAUGGUCCCAGAGCGACCAAGUGUGUGCUGCUGUCAUCCUUGCACUUUUUGCUAUCUUUUCCAUUCUGAUUGCUGUUAUCAUUCAGUACUUCGUAAUAAAGUGAAGAAAAGA